AUGUCUGCUUCAGCUCCGCUAGACGUCGAAGCUUUACUCAACCAGCUCACGCUGGAUGAAAAAGUUGAGCUUCUCGCUGGUCAGGGCUCUUUUCGAAUGACCGGUCUGCCCGACCAUGGUAUCCCUGCCCUGAUUACAUCUGACGGCCCUCAUGGAAUCCGUGGUAAGCGAUCGUUUACUCGGCUUCCGAGCCCUAUGCUCCCAUCUGCAACGGCCAUGGGCGCCACGUUCAAUGCAGAGCUCCUUCACCAAGUGGGAAGAGUCCUGGGUGAUGAAGCAAAGGCUAGAGGUGUCGACGUUCUUCUGGCACCUACAAUCUGUCUCCAGCGCUCUCCCUUGAUAGGCCGCGGCUUUGAAGCCUUCGGGGAAGACCCUUUCCUCAGCGGCAUCCUGGGUUCGCGAUACAUCAAUGGUGUCCAAGAACGCGGCGUCGCAACGAGUGUUAAACACUAUGCUGCUCACGAUCAAUCCGACAACAGCAUCGAAGAUAAUGUGUGCAUGACUCAACGCACCUUGCGGGAGGUCCACAUGUUGCCAUUCCAGCUGGCUCUUCGAGACUCGGAUCCUUGGACGAUCAUGACCGCAUACAACAAGAUCAACGGAAUCCAUGUCAGCGAGGAUCCUCUUCUUUUGAAACAAAUUCUACGAGACGAUUGGGGCUUCAAAGGUCUCGUUAUGAGCGACUGGUUCGGAACGUACAGCACAUCGGAAGCUAUCAACGCUGGCUUAGAUCUGGAGAUGCCUGGACCCACGGACUGGCGAGGCAAACGCUUGAGCAUCGCUGUCAACUGCAGAAAAGUGCCUCAGGCAACAGUUGACGAGUCUGUGAGGAACGUGUUGAACCUCAUCAACAAGGUUAGAGGGGGCGAGCAACAUAAUGACCCCCCUGCUUCCAAUACCCCCGAACAGCGAGCCUUGAUUCGACAACUCGUUGCUGAAAGUGUCGUUCUACUGAAGAACGAGAAUGAACAACUCCCGAUUAAAAACCCGGACAAGGUGAAAUUCGGAUUGAUUGGAGAUCAUGUCAAGAACCCUGCACUUUGCGGAGGUGGUAGCGCUGAGGUUGAGCCAUAUUACUCAGUGACCCCUUAUGAUGCCAUUGUCGAAGUGGUUGACGCAGAGAAUGUGUCCUAUGCGCCAGGCUGUCAUUCCUUCAGAUUCAGCCCCCUCCUGAAAGGUCUCGUUACGUCGUCUGGGGCAGAGGGCUGGGAUGUAGAAAUCUUUGGACAAAACCCAGAUGACCAUCCCGAUACCCAAGCAGUUGUGUCUGCUCUUGCCGAGAAGCAGUUGAUCGAUGUCCCUGAGAGUCUACACAAGUCGAUCCCAACAAAAUACUUUGUCAGGGCCCGCGCUCGUUACACUGCUGAAACCUCAGGUCUCUUCCGCUUCGGCUUUAGCACAUCUGGAAAGGGCAAGCUCAAGGUCAACGGACAACAAGUCAUUGACUUGUGGACGAGUCAACCUCCUAAAACUGACUCAACUGCCUGCUUCAAUCGCCUUUCCAUGGAGAGGUUCCACGACAUUGAAGUGACCCAAGGACAAGUUCUUGAGCUUGAGGUUCUCCAGGUUAACGAAAACCUCGCUGGUGGCGUUGGCACAGCUUUGACCUUGACUGGACGAGUGGGAGGCUACGAACUUCUUGACGAGGACCAGAGUAUCAAGGAAGCAGCAGAGCUCGCUAGAAAGGUCGACAUACCGAUCGUCAUUACAGGUCUAUCCUCAGACUAUGAGUAUGAAGGGAGUGAUCGGAAGAACCUGAGACUUCCUGGUCGCGUGGAUGAAUUGAUUCAGGCCGUACUGAGUGCCAAUAAGAACACAAUUAUCGUCACCCAGUCCGGAUGUCCCAUAGAGAUGCCGUGGGAGUCACAAGCAUCAACACUGCUUCACGCCUGGUUCGGAGGCCAAGAGACCGGUCACGGCCUUGCCGACGUUCUUUUCGGCAAAGUCAACCCCUCAGGCAGACUUUCCUUGAUCUUUCCCAAGUCCAUAAAGCACACUCCCGCCUAUCUCACUUUCUCCAAGGCUGACUAUGACAUCGUGUACGGCGAAGGAGUCUUUAUCGGUCAUCGAUACUAUGAGAUGGUCGACAGAGAGCCUCUUUUCUACUUUGGUCACGGCCUCUCGUACACCAAAUUCGAAUACUCGAAGCUUGAAGUCCCCCGUGAUUUCACCUCAGCAGUCGAUUACAAAAUGCAAAUCUCGGUUGACGUCACCAACAAGGGUCCUUACCCUGGUUCAGAGGUUGUCCAGGUUUACGUCCAUGAUCCCGAAAGUUCCGUUCAGCGCCCUAUCAGGGAGCUCAAGGCAUUCGCCAAAGUGCACCUGGAUGUGGAUGAGACAAAGACUAUUACUCUUAUGCUUAAUAAGUACUCCUUGUCGUUCUGGUCUCAGGAAGUGUCCAAGUGGAAGGCUGAAGCGGGAGAAUACGUUGUCAUCGUUGCUGCUAGUUCAAACCCGCAUGACGAAAUCUUGCGGGCGAGCUUUGUUUUGUCAGAGACCUUUUACUGGAGUGGCCUGUAA